CCGGGCUGUUUCAUUAUGGUAGCCGUCCCAACUAGCGGCUCGUAAAGCAGGAAUCCAGACGGGAUUAUCAGCAGCAGACACCGCCGAGCUGCCAAGUGAUAUCUCCGGCUACAAUUCACCUCCGACACUCGGACCUCCAUCCAGACCGACGUGAGGAGAGAGGUAACCCGCCGACCGAGUCUCUCUGCCCGCUUGUCAUCUUCAGCUGCAUUUAUUAACGAGACUCUUUAUGGCAGCUGGCUGCACAGCCCUCCUACCCUCCCUGGUGCCAUGCAGCUGCAGCGUCAGUCAUCCCAGCCUCCACACUAACGCAAUGACGGAGGGAACCGAGCCUCCUCACGUACUGACACCAUGCUGAGGAAGCGUUCAAGGGCUGCAGGAAUUCUUAAAACCUUCCGUGGCAGUUUCAUUUAUGAGACUUUCCAAACAUUCCUGUGACGUGGGAGCCGUGUAGAAGCACACCUGCAGCUGGUCUGAACCUGGAGCUGGUCUGAACCUGGAGUCUUGCUAAGGGGCAGUUUGGUUGAUUGGAUGAACAAAUCUGAGAGGAUUGUCGGACUUCAUUUUUCACCUUUACUUCACAUUUUCAAGAGGAUGCUGAACUAAUAAGAAUUGAGACUCGUUAGAGUAGAAUACAUUUUUUUCUGUAUUUGUGAACUAACUUCAGGUCUUCUGCAGCCUUAAUGGACCUGUUCAGCAGGUGUAGUCAGAUAGUUUUGUGGAAAAGUUAAACCCUCAAGUCAAAGCUCGUCCACAUAACUUACGGGAGACGUUGGGAUCAUUCUGAAGCUAUGAUGGGGGCUGCCACUGUCACCUCGUGCAUCCGGACUGCUGCGGUCUAACAGACCUCUUGGGUCAGCCUAUACCAGCACCAUGGAUUACCAUGCUGAGUGCUGCCUCUGUGAUCCAGAGGAGGGUCACGGCGACCCAGACGAACCGCCGCUCCACAGUAUCCAUGCCCCUAACAGGAUGCGCCCAUCCUCAUAUCGAGCCCUGAGGAGCGCCGUUUCCAGUCUGGCUCGCAUCGAUGACUUCUUCUGUGAGAAGAUCGGUUCAGGCUUCUUCUCAGAGGUCUUCAAGGUGCAGCAUCGGAUCACAGGGCAGGUGAUGGCUCUGAAGAUGAACACGCUGGCCAGCAACAAAGCUAACAUGCUUCGAGAAGUGCAGCUCAUGAACAGGCUUUGCCAUCCCAACAUACUCAGGUUUCUCGGGGUUUGUGUGCAUGAAGGUCAGCUCCACGCUCUGACUGAGUACAUAAACGGAGGGAACCUGGAGCAGCUGUUGGACAGCGAUCUGUACCUGUCGUGGGGUGUCAGGAUGGGUCUGUCUCUGGACAUCGCCCGAGGGCUGAAGUACCUGCACAGCAAGGGCAUCUUCCACAGAGACCUCACCUCCAAGAACUGUCUGGUCCGCUGUGAUAACGGCGUGUUCACGGCUGUGGUGGGAGACUUUGGCCUGGCGGAGAAGAUCCCUGAUUACAGUGACUGUGUGGAGAAGCAGCCUCUGGCCAUCGUGGGUUCCCCCUACUGGAUGGCUCCUGAAGUCCUGAGAGGAGAGCUGUACGAUGAGAAGGUGGACGUGUUUGCGUACGGCAUCAUCCUCUGUGAGAUCAUCGCACGGAUUGAAGCUGAUCCAGACUUCUUACCGAGGACAGAGGACUUUGGUCUAGAUGUGGGUGCUUUUGAGAACUUGGUUGGGGAUUGUCCUCCUGUGUUCUUUAGCCUCGCUGUCACCUGUUGUAAUAUGAGUGCAGAGAGGCGUCCCUCCUUCUCCGACAUCGUCUUCACACUGGAGAGCAUAGAGCAAGAAGAAGACGCAGAGAAGCCCAUCGCACUCGAACUUGUGGCAGUAAAUGUCAGUCCAUACCGGCGCCUCAGCUCUCCUGGUCAACCCGGUGACCGCAGCCAGCACCGUCUUGGUGGCUUGGCAAGGAGUCAGUCAGACAUGUUACCUCCAACAACACUGACCCAUCCUCUCCUUGGGACCCCAGCGCGGGUCAACCCCUUCUCCCUCCGACAGGACCUAAACGGGGGGAGGUGUAAACUCUUAGACACGCCCAGCAAGUCUGUCAUCUCCCUGACUUUCACCCUCCCGGCGCUCCGCGACCCUUGUGCCUCCCCCCACCUCCUCAGAGGGAUGCCAGGGUCGAGAGCACCGCCGAGGAGAUGCCAGUCGCUCCCCUGUACCCCUGAGCUCAGCCGGACUGUAGCCUUGCCAAGAGACACAGGGCGUAUGGAGGAGGAAAAGUUUGAGGCCGUCAGAGUGGGAGUCGUUACAGGAAGGACAGGAGAAGAUGAGGAUUACAGCAUGAGGAAGAAAACAUCAGAGAGGGAUGAAAGGGUGCAGGUAGACCCCCUAAAGGUAACCGAGAAGAGAGAGUUGUUAAAGGAGGGGGGUGGGGUGGGACAGGAUUCAGGUUCUUCUGUCGGGUUGGAGACGGUGUCUCUCGAACGGUUAGAGGAGGAAGAGGAAGAUGAGGAGAGUGUAUGUCUAACAGAACCUAUGGACUGUACCAAGUCUCCAGAGCCAGCAGAGGGAGCCUUGGAAUCUACACUUGGUAGAGCCCUGCUCACCUCCACUUCCUCCUCCUUGUUACGGACCAAUGGCUGGCGACUUCCCAUUUCCAACGGACCACCCUCUUUGCCUCCUCUGCCACGACUGGACAACAACAACGGCUCCGCUGCUGUGAUUGGCCAGCAGGUGCAGUGGGGUGGAGGUGGGUGCUCAAAUGGUUACAGCCAAGCCCAAGUCCUCUCCUCGGAGGCCAGUGGCCCCUCUGAGCCGGAUGAGGUAAUUUCCUGUCCUGGCUGCUGUCUGGUGGGUCUGAGUUUCCCCUCGGUGUGCCUCCGUGGUUUAGCUGCCGUGCCUACCCCCCGUCGAAGGGCUUCGUUACCACGGCAGCGCCCCUUCCGGAACCUCAAUGGUACCAUAACUGGUGGCAGCGCUUCAUCAACAACAGCAGCAGCCACAGCAACCAAAGCUCUACUCUGUCGCAGCUCGAACGGACUCGUAGUAGCCGGACCCUCUGUCACAUGUGAGCCAAGCCGGUCCCUGCCAGAGGCCCAGACAUAA